GUUAGCUAGAUUGGCUGAUUCUACAGAAGAAGGAGGUCGACAGCUGAGAGACGAGAAAAGAGUGUCGUUAUUUGUUCACAAAAGACUGAAGAUGGCAUCCGCUUGGAUUACUGUAGUUGUUCUCACCGGUUUCUGGGGUGUCAUAGGCAUCAUAGUGCCAUGGUUUAUUCCGAAAGGACCAAAUAGAGGGAUUAUCCAGACCAUGCUUGUAAUGACUGCAGUUUGCUGUUAUAUGUUAUGGUUAUGUACAUUCCUGAUGCAGUUAAAUCCUCUGAUUGGACCCGAGUUAGAAACAAAGGUUAUAAGAGCUAUCAAAAUGGAAUGGGAGGGGCAAUAAUAAGAGCAUCUUUUGAUAUUACGUCACCACAUUAAUCUGCCAUCUUGGUCUGGAUUAGGACUAUGGAUGGACCCUCCCUUCCACCAUUAUCAGAAUCAGAUUAUCAUCACUUCAUUGGGGUUUAUAGACUAUCGGGAUCAUUAGGGUGAUGUUUGCCCAUGGUACAUUCAAAGCAUUCAUGUCAUCCAGUCAGAUAAUGCUUCAAAUUUAUAUACAUGGAGUCAUGGACAGUGCCCAGUAUUGGUGAAAUAUUAUGACUUCUUAAUUUUCAGCUUAUGAAUUAUAUUACGGUUGUACACAUGUUACGUUUUGAGAAUAUCUUUUAUGACAUGACACCCUAAUAUUCUGAAAAGUUUUUAUCAUAUAUUUGGUCUUAUCUGUUUUUGUUUCCAAAAAAAAGAAGAAAAGAAUAUAUCCGCAUGUAUAUAGCUGAAGAACACAGCAUCUACAUCUAGUUUAAUACUCUUUGAUGUAAUUUACUACUAGGCCCAUCUUCAGCAUCUCAAAUUUUGAAGAUUCUAAUUGAUGUAGUACUCUUUAACAUUGGGGGGGGGGGGGGGGGGCGUGGGGGUCGUUACAUUCUAGUCAGGAAACUGUAGUUGAUGAUAAUGAAAGCAAUAGAAAAUAGAAUUUACUUUACAAUUAUUCAGUCAUAUGUGAUUGCAUACAGUCAACAAAUUAUUGUGCAAUUUUUUUACUGUUGACAUGCUAGAAAAUUAACUCCUUAUUAUAAUGUCAAAUUUCGUUAUCAUUAUUCAUUAUAUUGAGCAAAAAGAAAUAUUUCGACUAUGGUUUAGGGAAAUCACAAGUUCAAAUAACUCUCGUUAAACUUUUGUCUUGUUUUACUCUCAAAUCUAGUGUUUUGAGUGUAAAGACAGAGAAAGCAUUUUGUUAAAAUUUACAAGUUUAGAUAUUGGUGCAUGUUAUUUGACAAGGUGUAAACUUUAGUACUACCGAGUACAUGUGAUUGUGAAUGUUACUUUUGAGAAAAAAAGAAUGAAUAUUUCCAUGUGUUGUGAUCUAAUGAUACAAGAACUUUACUCAUGAAUAUGUAAGACCCGUAGUUUGAAUUAGCAUUGUUUUUAGAAGGUCAUGUGUAACAGGUGAAAUGAACAAGUUUUUACAUUUAUCUGAAGACCUACAUGUAAUUGCCAAUAUGGAAUGUGGAAACACAUACAUGUACCGGUACAUGUGGCUUAUUGAAAGAGAUAAUUGUGACAUGCGCAGACAUAUUGGGUACACAUGUGCAGUCAUAUAUGUGGGUUUAGCAGUCAUGAAGCUCCAAAUCUAGUUGCCUCCCAUGUACUCAUUCUAUAGGAGGGUAAAUCUGUAUUAUGAGCUUCACGAAAUGACUGACCAAUUCGGGAGCAACUUCCACUGUCACAACUAUUUCUAAUCAUCAAGCUACGUGUAUGUGGAAACCUGCACAUUCAGCAGACAGUAAGGUAGAAGGGUGUCAGUUAUUUGUUUUGUGUUUAAGCAUGUAGUGUUUUCUACAUGUACAUGUGUAAGUUUAUCAGUGAUUUGAUGGUUUUAUUACAAAUAGGGUUUAAAUUUUAGAUGUACAUGUACGGGAUUAAUAUAGAAGAGAUACAUGUAAGAUGUGAUUAGGGACUUGGGAAUAAAAUCAUUUUUGGGGAAGGAUUUAUGUUUUCAGAUUUGGUAUUAUUCAUACAAUGAAUUUCACUGAUCAGAGAUAUCUUGAUUUCAUAUUGUACUGCAUUGUAAAUGACCUCUGUGAACAACUUUGAAAACUUGAUAGCACUGUGAAAUAAACUGGGAUGUUCAGUGCCAGUUUGUUUUUUAAAUAAAAACUAAAACAUUCAUGCACAUUCAAGUUAUUUAAAGAUCUAAUGAAUCUGAUGCAUAUCUUGAUGUUUUUUUUUUCUCUCUUCUUUUUCAUUAAGUUACAUAUAAUAUAUGAUUUGAUUUGUAUCAUUCCAUUUCAUGUACUGUUAAUAUUAUAUGUCAAUAAAUAUAUAUAUAUUACAAAUUA